CAGCCAGUAGAUGUUCUGUUUGUCAGUUAUUACAAAACGUAACCUUUUCGUAAGUUCUUAUGUCUCCCACUUAACACUGAUCAUCCAGUAUUUAAACAUUUCUGGCAGUUUGAGCUUUAAGAUUUUACCAAAACCUUUACUCGUUUACUGAGAUAUAUAUUUUUUCUGAGUGGAAAUGAAGCUUCUUCUCUUUACUUGUCUGUGUUGCCUAGCAACCGCUUUUCCGAAUGGAGCGCCUGACAUUGCCUGUAAAGAAAUGAUUCCAGGCCACCUUCCAACAGAAACUUCCGGAGAAAAUCCCUUUAUGCUAAAAAUAUCCGCUACGUCUUACAAACCAGGAGAUGAAAUUUCAGGGGAGCUUUACUCUGCGGACAACAUGACGUUUAAAGGAUUUCUUAUAGAAGUAGGAACAGCGCAAGUGGUAUCGGAGAAAGAGGAAAGUGUUGGGGAAUUUAUCAACUUAGACAACACUGUACAGAAACAUGUUUGCGAAAAGGGUGGGAUUACUCACAUCAAUAAUGGAGAAAAACGGCUUGUGAAAUUUACAUGGAAGGCACCAAGUACGUCUGCUGGUGAUUUGUCAUUCAGGGCUACUGUGGUACAGCAAUUCUUUCCAAGUAAAUACUGGCUGGGAGCUUUUUCUGAAAGGGUCAAGGCCGCAAAAGCUGAACGGGCAUUUUCGGAUAGAAUAUUAUCUUAAAUAUUGUUUUCGUGAAAC